AUGAAUAAAGAAGAUACUAUUUACGCUGACAAUUCCGGAAGCCCAGAAAGAGUUUUUCAAGACCAUAAAAAACUUAAGGAUGCUAUUUGGGAAGUUUACCCCGAGCACUUGAAAGCUGCUCAGAAGCAGGAUAUUAUUUUGCCCUCAACUUUAAACAGUAGGUCAAGUUGCCAGAGGUUACAAUCGUCAAGAGUCUGCACAGAGGCCGAUCAAACAGAAGACACUGUUCAGGUAAGCGACAGAGAGGUUGGUAGUGAUUUUCCAGAUAAGGAAUUGGUAAUAAUAACUGAAGCCAGUUCAACUACUGGAAUGGACAGCUGCACAAAUAGAUCAAUUUCUCCGCAACUAAAUGAUAUUUUAGAUUCAGUGGUAAAUAUGGAAUAUGAAGACAAUUUAAUGGUCUUUUCGUCUGUUUUAGAUACUCAACCCUUCGAAGAUCGAAAAAAAUCAUAUAUUAAUACUGGAAAAGUCAUCAACUCGAUCAACCAAAAAAAGAAAACUAAUACAUUGCAUGAUGUUAAUCAAAACUACAACAUGAAAACUUUGGCGCAAACAGAUGAAGAUAAAGAAGAAAUUAGUUUAAAUUUCAAAAGGCAGCGACUACCAGGAAUAGAGCAAGUUAUCAAUAAAACUUCCUUUGCAAAUCAGAGAAGUGAUUACUACAGUCGCAUCCCUGCCUGUGACGGCAACGAUGCGGCUUAUGGAGCGGAAGUAGCCCAACAGUUGAGUGAUCAACGAUUGCUAAAUCCACAAGUUAGUGUAACUACGUCACCAACAUGCAGCCUACCUACUCGGGAAGGCGUUCACUAUCCUAACCAAAAUUCGUUGCCAGGAAGACCGACCGUCUCACGACAAACCGGCGCACCAGAAUCCUUCAAUACAUCCAAUGAACUGAUGGAGACUGAUUCACAGGGUUGUCGCAAUGGUUCUCUAUUGAACCCAUCGGUGUCUAAACCGAAAUCGUGGACAUCUGAAAAUAUAAGCCGGGGUACACCCUCUCUAACUUCAACACUAGCACAGUUUCAAAAUAACGGCCAACUAAGACAAAUGUCAGGAAUGCUCGAUUUAGGCAUAUCACACGUGGGCCAAACCUUUCCAUCCGCUAAUAGCACGUCAAAGAGCCUCAACAGGCAUCAAUAUCAGAAAAACAAGACUCAUUUUACUGGCGAUUGUUUGCCAGUUCCAGACGGCACUUUAUUGUCACAAAUGGAAAAUGUCUUCCCACCUAACGCUAUGGUUAUGCGUGCUGACCCAUCGUGUCCACUUCUUUUCAACUAUAAACCAACUUUAAUAAAAGAAAGUGAUUAUCAAAAAAAUCAUUACCAUCCGUCUAAUAAUGCGUUUAUUUCUUCACCAAUGGCUCCACCAAAUCCGAAUCAAACUUCUAUGCAUUUGGGUAAUGUUAAUGCCCAGAAACUAGGACUGAGCACUAUGACACCAAGUCCCACUUUCUCACCCAAUGAAGGUCUUUCGUCUUACGGUACAAUAAACGCUCAAGGACAACAGAACUCAAAGUACGUUUUUGCAGCUUCAACGACCACAGGGCGACAAGAAUUUAUCCAACAAUUAACUGGCCAAACGGCAAUAAAUCCUUGUGGUGUUAAUCUGCAAUCUGUUGACUAUGGACCUAAAAAUUCAGAGUUGAUUACACAACAAGGGUUUCCAGCAAAAAGCAAACCCCAAUGGAGUGGAUCAUAUGACAAUGCUUCAACUCCUUACAAAAACUUGCAGGGGUUGCCAACACCAAUAACUACUUCACGAGUCCAAGAGUUCUCUUCCUCUCGUAUUCAGGAACAUUCUUCAGUUCGUAGACAAGAUUUACCUUCCACUCGUCAUCUACAGUUCACUCCCUCCAGCACUCAACAAUUCCCUUCUUCUUGCACUGAAGAAUCACCUUACAGUUUUAAUAAAAAGUUUCACGCUCAAGAACUUCCUUCAACCUGGAAUAAAGACUUUUCUCCGCCACAGGGCCAAUUUGCAGCAUCUCGGCAUGAACUGCAUUCUUCACAAGUUCCUCAAAAGAUCUCUGGCCCAACUCCCUCAACAUCGGCUAUGGAUUUCCAAAUGUUGAAUUCAACAGGGCCAAAUCAAUAUGGGCCAGCAACGAAAAAUUAUAUUACAAAAGCACCAAGAAAAAAGAGAGUUACAAAAGGGAUUUCGGUCGCACAAACCAAGCGCAUACAGAAAAAAAGAAAACAAGUUGAGGAAAAGCUCUUCGAAUAUCUGCGGAACGAGAAUUGUGAUCAUAAAACAUCCGUGAUCAUUAAGAAACACUUGUAUCAUGUACAAUCUUGCCCAAGCUGGCUGUCAGGCGAGGACUGCCCACUGUGCAACCAGAUUUGUGAAAUGCUUAUGCACGCAUCUGAAUGUCAGAAUCUAAAUUGCGUCUUUAUUUACUGCGGUAUCAAGGCCUUAACUGUGGUGGCUGAGACUUUCUCCCAACCGAAAUUUGUAUACACAUUUCUCAGGAAAUUAAAUGUUAGCGAGGAAGACAUGAAUGACAUCUAUGUUCUCAAGAAUUGGAAAGAAAAACCUACUGCAGAUUAGACAAAAUGUUAAUUGAAUAUGUAUUUUUUUUUUCACUUGUAUGUAAAUAUUUUGUUUUUAAAUUUAGACGCAUUUUUUUAUCAACUAGUCUGAAAAUGAAUUCUUAAACGUAUUCCUGUUCUUGCGUAA